AUGGCGUAUAAUCCUAAUAACAACGCUACGAUGGACCCGCAGACGGCAGCUGAGAAGGCUGUGUCGGUGAUCGGGUUCGGGUACGAUCUGACGUCGGAUAUCCGUUUAUCGGCUUGCAAAGCGGGUCCAAAUGGAUCGGGUCUGAUCGAGAUGGUCCAAACCCAAAUAAAGGACCUGGUGGUGCCAGGCGGCGUGGUUGUCCCCGGCGUAUCGGCCUCUAUCAAGUGCGAUAAAGGUGAACGCACCAGGUUUCGCUCCGAUGCUCUCUCCUUCAGUCAGAUGUCAGAGCAUUUUAACCAGGAAUUAUCUUUGUCAGGUAAAAUACCUUCUGGUCUUUUUAAUGCAAUGUUUGGCUUUAAGGGCUGCUGGCAGAAGGACACAUCUACCACUAAACUUCUUGCUCUUGACGGUUGGUUCAUUAGUUUGUACACAAUUGAGCUGGCAAGAUCUCAAAUAACUCUAACUGAUCAAGUGAAGAAAGAAGUACCUUCUUCAUGGGAUUCUGCUGCUCUGGCUGAGUUUAUUGAAAAAUAUGGCACCCAUGUCGUUGUUGGGGUUAAAAUGGGAGGUAAGGAUGUAAUUCACAUUAAGCAGCUUCAAAGUUCAAAUCUUCAGCCAACAGAAGUGCAGAAAUUGUUAAAACAAUUAGCUGAUGAAAAUUUUGCUGAAGAAGUAAAUGUAGGUCUGGUACCGAAAGCUGAUAAUUCAUCAGGAAAGCCAAAGGAAAAACCAAUGAUCUGGGAUCUUAAUCUACCAUUUACAAAUGCAAUUGGACCUUCUGUUGUUUCUCACUCCAAAAAUGAUGAUAUAUUAAGUAUUCAUAUUCGUAGGGGAGGUUUAGAUAGGGGCCAAACUCAUAAUCAGUGGCUUUCAACUGUAUCACAAUCUCCGAAUGUCAUAUCAAUAUCUUUUGUGCCUAUAGCAUCUCUUUUAAGUGGUGUUCGUGGCAGUGGAUUUUUAAGCCAUGCAAUUAAUCUAUACCUGCGAUACAAACCACCAAUAGAGGAACUCAAUCAAUUUUUGGAAUUUCAGUUGCCCCGUCAAUGGGCUCCUGCAUACAACGACCUUCCUCUUUAUACUCGUCGCAAGAAAAAAGCGUCGCCAUCACUAAAAUUUUCUCUUAUGGGUCCCAAGCUUUAUGUCAAUACUGUGAAGGUUGAUACCCUGAACCGGCCAGUGACUGGAAUUCGGUUAUACUUGGAAGGCAAGAGGAGCGAUCACCUGGCUAUCCAUCUGCAGCAUCUGUCAACUCUUCCUGAGUCCCUUCAGCUUAUGGAUGACCAUAGUUACAAGCCAGUUGAUGAACCCAUGGAAAGAGGAUAUUUUGAACCUGUCAACUGGAGCAUAUUCUCGCACGUAUGCACUGCUCCAGUAGAGUAUCACGGAGCGCGGAUUGAUGACUCAGCAUCUAUUGUGACGAAGGCCUGGUUUGAGGUCAAUGUUAUAGGUAUGAAGAAGGUCCUUUUCCUAAGGCUUGAAUUCUCAAUGUUAGCAUCUGCCAUAAUCCGUAGGUCGGAAUGGGAUGGACCCACGUCCUCAUCAAAAAAAUCCGGAUUGAUUUCAAUGCUAAUCAGUUCACCAUUCAGCAGUGUACUGAAUCAACCAGAGAGGCCGCCAGCUAAGGCAGACUUGAAUUCAGCAGUUUACCCAGGGGGACCACCUUCCCCUGCAAGAGCUCCAAAAAUGUCACAUUUUGUUGACACAAAAGAAAUGGUGAGAGGACCCGAAGAUCCACCUGGGUACUGGGUGGUUACCGGUGCGAAACUUUGUGUAGAGAGUGGGAUGAUACGAGUUAAAGUGAAAUAUUCUUUGUUGACUAUAAUAUCAGAUGAAUCCUUGUUGAUCUGA